UUGCUGCAACAAGGAACAACGUGAACUACUUGACAAGCCUGGGUAUUGCAAUGGGUCCCUCUGUUCUCCAAUGUACGUCACUUCCGGUGAAAAAGCCACGAAAAAAAGCCAACUUUGAGGCCAAAAUGAACGAAUGCGUCAUCGAAGAAAGAAUGCGUCAACAGCGCGCCAUAAUUAAGCGCUCGACCGCAUCUGAAGCUUUACCUCCAAAGGUCGCAGAGAGUGUAACAAACGAAAACUGCUCACCGAGAAACAUUCUGCGAAAUGGUGCAACAUUGCUAAAGAAGCAAGAGAUCUUAGGUCUCGCCUACAGAAACAAACAUAUUACGCAGCACGGUUUUUACCCUGGGUGACACAUUGGACGAGACGAGGCAGCUCGUCGUGAAGAGAAGCGUGGCGUCAUAGAAUUUCACGUCGUUGGGAACUGGCUGCGAGGACAGCUCUCUCAAAAGAAUAUUAUGUGGUUGAUUGGCUUAACAAAAAGUAUUUUCAU